AUGAAAAAUAUAUUAUUACUCGGUUCUGGCUUUGUUGCAAAGCCAGCACUUGAUUACCUCUUAAAAAGAGAAGAUUAUUUUGUAACAAUUGUUAGUUUAUUCCAAAAUGAAUUAGACUCAAUUACAAAAGGUCACGAUACAUCAAAAUUCAAAACAAUUCAAUUAGAUGUUAUGAAUAAAUUGAAUGAAUUAGAAGAAUAUUUCCCAAAAUCUGAUUGUGUAAUUAGUUUAAUUCCAGCAACAUUACAUUCAACAGUUGCAAAAUUAUGUAUUAAACAUAAAACACAUUUAGUUACAGCAAGUUAUAUUUCAGAUGAUAUGAAAGCAUUAUCAGAAGAAGCAAAGGAGGCAGGUGUUUUAUUAUUGAAUGAACUUGGUCUUGAUCCAGGUAUUGAUCAUAUGUCAUCAAUGAAGAUUAUUGAUCAUGCUAAGGAAAAUGGUGGUAAGGUCACAUCAUUCGUUUCAUGGUGUGGUGCGCUACCAUCAACAGAAUGUGCUGACAAUCCAUUUGGAUACAAAUUUUCAUGGUCACCAAGAGGUGUACUAUCAUCAGCAACUCUUUCCGCCAAUUUCCUUUGGGAGGGUCAUAAUGAAGAAGUACCAGCCAAUAUCAAAUGGGCAGUGUUACAACCAAUCGUUGUUGAAGAUUCAAAUGGUGUAAAGAUGGAGUUUGAUGGUGUACCAAAUCGUAACUCAUUCCCAUACAUUGAACAAUACAAUUUAAAUGCUAAAGAUGUAACCACAAUGUUUAGAGGUACAUUACGUUGGAAGGGUGGUUUUGGAAUCAUGAUCCGUGCACUUGUUGCCGUUGGUUUAUUCUCCACUGAAGUUGAUGCACGUCUCGCUGUUGAGGGUGGUAUUUCAUGGCGUAACUAUCUCGUUCAGCUAUUGGGUUGCAAUGAUAAUGAUAGUGACCUCCUAUAUUGUGUGGAAUCCACCAUUAAAGAGUACUUUGAAAAAUUAAAGACUGAGAGAGACGGCUUACAAUUCCAUUUCCCAAUUAUUCCAAGAGAUAUUGAAAAAGAUGUUCAACAUGCCGUUGAAGGUUUCAAAUGGUUGGGUUUAUUAAGUGCUGAUGAAAAAGUUGUAAAUAAGAAUACUCCAAUCGAUAGUCUUUGCGCUUUACUCGAAAAGAAACUCUCUUACAAAGCUGGUGAACGUGAUGUAGUUGUCCUUGAACAUAACUUUGUCGUCCAAUACGCUGAUCGUACAGAAAAAGAAGUUUCAUCACUCAUUUGUUAUGGUAUUCCAAAUGGUAGUUCUGCAACUUCACUCACUGUUGGUGUUCCAGUUGGUAUCGCAACUGAACUCAUCGCUGAUGGUAAAACUACAACUAGAGGUGUUGUUGGUCCAGUAACUCCUGAAUUUUAUUUACCAAUUUUAGAGAAAUUAAAAUCUGAAAAUAUUGAAAUGAUUGAAACUAAACAAGAAAUUAAAAAAUAA